CUUUGCAGUCAACAAAGAGACCUUGAAACCUUCUGCAGUCUUUCUACGGAUAUAGACGCAGGCUCCAUAAGCUCUCAUGGAUGCGUCGGCAAAGGCUCGGUGAAUCGGUGACAUGGGAUCAGUAUGCACAAAUCGAGUUCAUUGGAAUUGACUCAUCCCAAUUUAGCUUGUUGAGCCAAAUCUCCUGCAGUAGGAUCUUUCGCUUAAUUACUAAAGGACUUAACAAGCCAAGGGGGUCAAACAGCUUUGAUGUCACCGAUAAUAUGUUCCGUUUUGUCGCUCGGAGACCCAUAACUGACGUGGCAAUUUGGAACUUAAAGACGUCUUCGUGUGGCAGCCACGAUAUUCCUAACGCCUUAGUUGACUCUGAGUCCGAGAUCGUUAUCGGUUUAACUGUGCUCUCGGAUGCGGUGACCUCAGCACCAGUCAACAUGUCAUCGACAUAGAAGUCGGAGUCAAU